AAUAAAUUUCAAAACUAAAAAUAAUUUGAUUUGAAUUAAAUAAUUGAUUUUCUGAUUCCUUUUAUUAUCACAGCAGUCUGCUUGACCUCCAGCCGCUGUAUCAGGUGUGGUUCUCUUCGUCUACAAUUAUUGAAACAUACUAGCUCUGGAUCAACUUCAACAAAAUACAAUUAUCUGAGCAUCUACGAAGGCAACAUUGUCUUCUAAGGAGUUAUCCAUCAAGAUACAGAUAACAUCUUGUACCCUUUGGCAGUUGAAAAAAGGUUUCCAUGUUCACCAUUUUGGUCAUGUGAUACUUUCCUAAAUGGCAUUGAAAAACAAGCAGGACAAUCAACCAAUCUUGGAAGGUGACGACAUCUCCCCCUACACGCAACUGGAUGAAUCCUUAAAGCAAAAGAUGCUAUCGAAAAUAGUUUCAUUCCAAGGGGAGAAUGAAACUGUUGGGCGUUUAGUUGGAACCAAAGCAGAAGCUGUAUUGGAUUCCUUAGAAGAGCUUCUACGUCCUGAAGGAGGAAAAAUCAUCAUUCCAUCGUUCGAGUCAUCCCGUUUCGAGAAAUCCAUUUACAUCAAGAGACGGGUGAAAUUUGCAUUUGGCAAAUCUUGUAAUUUGCACGAACGUUUCAUCGCUGACCUAGCCAAGCGUUUGAAAUGCACUGUGGAAAACCUAAACAGGGAAUGUAGAAUCAGUUCGCAGGGCCAAAUCGAGUGGUUGGUCGAUGACAAGCGCCGCAAACAAAUUUGGGAAAAAAUAAAACAAAUGAACGACCAAACGUCAGGAAAAAUUGAAGAAGACAGCCAUAUAAUUCAGUUUGACGAGGAGCUGGAUCAGCAGCCGGUUGUCAUCAUCUGUGGCUUGGCUGGAGCCGGCAAAUCGACUCUCCUCUCCCACUACUACAGUGAAAUAAAGAAGAAGAAGCCUGACUGUUGGGUUAUCAGAUUGAAUUUAGCUGAACAUUGUGACGUCAUAUUGAAACUCGAUAGUAGCAAACCUGACUUGAUUGGAUUCCUCAUCAAUCAUCUACAUGUCAUCAACCGUAAAUGCCCGUUUACUCGCUCGUUGCUGAAUCACCGGUUGGAGACGGGUGAGCAGAUCGUUUUCAUGUUUGAUGGUUACGAUGAAAUCGAUGAAAAAUGCCAGGAAAUUGCGGUUAAGCUAAUGAAGUUUAUUCAAGAGAAGAAGAGUAUUCCACUGUUCGUUACCACCCGUCCCUACUUGGCCCACCAUCUGCAAUACGAAUUAUGUCAGUUGGCUUAUUAUUUGGAAAACUUUGACGUAAAAGACCAGAUCGAUUACCUGACCAGUUAUUGGACGAAUGAACCUCCACCGUUGAAAGCUGGACCCAUCAAGGAUUUUGCCGUUGCGCUGAUGGAAGGUGUGUCAGAGAGUCUGAAAGACAAAGAAAGAGCUUUCAUCGGAAUCCCGUUGCAAUGCAGAAUUCUCGCCGAAUGCUACCAGAAAAAUGUUGGCGACAUUAUGGAAAGCAAUGCUGUGAAUGACGUAACAUUCCAAUCUGACGAAUUGGUAUCCCAAAAACUGUUGGCAUUACUUGACGAUCAGAAAUUCGAUUUAGUUAGUCUGUACAGCAAAUUGAUGGACACAAAACGCAACAUGUUUCUACAAGAAAAAAGCAAAACCUGCCCCAAUCUGAAUGUGGCCGUUGAUAUGAAGAAUAUGAUAAAGAAAAUCGAGUUUCGAUUAACCAAAUUGGCAGUCGAAACGAUCAUCCCAGAACCAAGUAUCCUUGAAAUGCUUAGGCCAACGAAAUAUCGGCACAAACCCAGCGAUGAUGUGGCUCAAGAAGAAAAGAGUCUUGCCUUCAACAGUCUGAAAUUUGGGUUCGUAUUUUCGAAUGGAGAUGUAAUGCGACCUAAAUUCUUGCAUCGGACGUUUGCCGAGUAUUUCGUCGCCAAAUAUCUUUACGAAGGAUUUCAUCCCGAUGAGGAACGUCACAACAAGCUGCUGGAAAAUGAAUCCAUUCGAAAAUUAAUUCUUAACAAAAUCUUGGCCUUGAAGCAAUACGACGGAGUUCAAAUGUUUUUCGAUGGCAUGGUGAAGGUUUUGGUCGAUGAGGAUGAAGAAUGGCGUCGUUUAAUUGUCUGUCAUCAACUACCGGAUCGCCUAAAAAAAUUGUCUAAAUAUCUGUUUACUCAGUUUCUUCGCAAUUAUCCUCCGCUUUGUGGAUUCGGCGAGAUAGCUUCCCAACCUUACUUUACGAACGCCCUCCAUUUUUCACUUUCGAAUAGGAAAGGGAACACAUUCCUAUUGUUGUGUGACUGUCUCGAUGCCACAUUUCAUAGACGUCAAGUCCGCUGGGCAAUGUGUACCAUUUUUAUGUCGCCUUUCCGUUUCAUUUCGGACGCCGUUUUUGAAGAAAGCAAGAUCUUUAAACGAUUCAUCAAUGAUUUCGACAUCAAUCCAAACGACCCCGCUAUGUACUGUGUUAUAGACAAGCUUAUAGGAGGCAUGGUGCCAUAUAAUUCUGCUUACUUAAUCGAAAGAAGUUCUAUCGGUAAGCGAGACGGGCACCAGCAAAAGAUGAAUGACAUACUUCAAUUUUUGGAAAACCAGCACAUCGCUUUCGACAAUUAUUUAUGUCAACACUAUUUACGCGGAAUGCAACGAAUUUUGGAAUUUCUUAUUUGCCAUGACAACUACCGUAGUCAUCUGGAAAGAUUUCUGAAGAUGUUGUCCAAAUCGAAAGCUUAUUCGGACGAUUCGAAUUUAACCGAAUUGUUAAUUGAAGUUUUCCGGUCUAAAGAUCAACGGAUGACUGCGCGAAUUGACGAAACGCUGAAGAUUUUACAAGAACUAGGACGGUCCACUUUUCUCGCUCAAUUUUACACCGCCCUUUUAUUAAAAGAUCCGGAAGUAUUUCAGAAUAUUUACCAACCGUGCCGACUAGAAAAAGACGAGGGGACUCAGAUCGACCGCAACAGAUUGUUGGAAAGGGAUUCUUACGGCAUGACUCUUCUUCACGGAGCAGCCUUCUACGAUGACGUCGACAUAGUCGGUCAAAUAUUAGCAAGAUUUAGCCGGCCAUUUCUCCACAUAAGAGCUAAACAAGCAAUUCGCAAGGUGGUGCUUGAGGGUUACACUCCGUUUUUCUUCGCCGCUGCUAAAAAUCACGAGCAAGUCUGUUUCAAACUGUUGGUCUUUGUGAAAGAAUUUUUCCCGACGCACUGGCGGAGUUAA